UUCGGUGGCUAGCCGUAUGCGGCUACAAGACUACCCCAAUGAUUCCCCAGGAUCGUCCAAGACACUGCAAACUCUUCGUCCAUUGAGAAAAAGGCUUGAAAAAUGAUCGAACCAGCGGCCACACCGACAGCCCGUUUGACGUCACUGACCGGACGUGUUAUGCAGGGUGUAGAACCGUUAUGGGGCUCUGCGGUAGUGCGCGAUCCGACGGGUGAUCUUCGCCACUUUGGGCGUAGUUCCUCUCGGCCUUGCCCCAGAAAUCGGGCAUGGUCACAUGACAAUACCCGAGAAACGAUCGACAUGUGCGCUUCUGCCGUCCAACUUCACCAACGCAACUACAAGUUUAUCAGUGCCGCCCCGUACCACGGCUACGAUGUUAUGCAUGCCGGUAGGAGGAGCGAUGAACGCCCUGGCGGCACGGCGAGCCUCAAGUGGAAGGAACAUGCGCUUAAGUCGGCAGCGAACAUACAAGUGGAGCCUGGAAGAUACGUGCGGAACGAGUGUGUCGAUCUUCGGCGCAAAAGGAGCCUCAAAACUUGGCGCACAUUUGGCAUCGCGUAUGUUGCCAUGUGGAAACAUACGACUGCAUCUUAUCUACCGUCAGCCUGCACCGAAGCGCCAACGAUAGCUAAGCGAUCGCAAUUGCCAAUGAGUUGCCAGCCUCCUCGCUGUCCAACAUGUUGGCCCCUACCCUAACAACCCGUAAGUGGAGAAUUCGGCAACUCCUCUCCGCAAUCAAUCACAGUACUCUCAACAUUUCUUGCACCACCAGUUUCUACACCGACUUCUCAUUCCUUCCGGCAUAGCAAUGGCAGCACGCCUGAUAUGUACUCUCUGGAGAUUCAUCUCGCAUGAUACGGGCCUCCACUCGCAAAAUGCUGUUCUCUCAACCCUUUGCUGUCAACCAGACUUACCAUUCCCCAGGUUUCCUAGGUUUGUCUUGACCCACUGUUCAUCUCCG